AUGAUUGGUCAACAGCUUAUCACCUUCCUGCCUCUGCUCGUCACUUUGGCAUCUGCGACUCCUCAUAAAAGGACGGACGAUUGGUCUUAUUCUUCAUCGCCUGAAUCCGCUUCCGACUCAGGCUCGUGGGAUUCAAGCAACUCUUACAAUUCCGGGUAUUCCUACAACUCCGGAGAAUCUGGUAACUCAUACGAUUCGGGAUAUUCUUACAAUUCUGGUGAAUCUGGUAAUUCAUAUGAUUCGACUUGGCAAGGUGAAAGUAGUGGUAGUGGACAUGCUACUACUAUCAAACAUGAGACUACCAUCAUGACCCAUCUGGCUUAUGAGACGCCUAAAUACGGCUCGGGAUCAAUGUGGGGUGGUGAUCUUCAAGGCUGUUUGAACAUGUGA